AUGACUCCCAACCAUGGGGCGAGCGGACUUUCUCCUGAACGCAACACAAAUGGCGACGGCAAUAAUUCCAAGCAGACUGGUGAUACCUUUGUACCACUUUUCCCGGAAAUUCAAGCUCAUUCACCGCCCAAACCGGUCCAAAUUACCCGACCUCGGUAUGCACCAGUGGCCCCACGUCCCAUCCAGCCCAUCAUGCCAAAGACCGGUGCUUGGUCGUGUGCCAAGAUUGCUCCGCGUCCUAGCUCUUAUGUGGAACCGGUGAAGCGUUGUUUGGAGGACAACCAGGAUGACAUUGCUCUGAAACGUCAAAAGAAUACCGAUGCGGCACGCCGAUCUCGUCUUAAGAAAGUCAAGAAGAUGGAAGCCCUUGAAGAACGUGUAUCCGAGUUGGAGGGCGAAAAGUCCGGUCUAGUCACACGUAUCGCCGUGCUCGAAUCCGAAAAGGCCGGUCUCGAAGCCAAAGAUCGUGGACUCGAAGAGCGCAUUCGUGUUCUCGAAAAGCAAUUGGCAGAAGCCCACAAAGCUCUGACCAAGCAAUAA